AUGAACAAACACGCCGUUCCUUCCUUCAAACACUCUCUUCCUAAUAAACUCGACCUCAUCACGGCCGCCUUCGACGACGCUCUCCUCCGUAGUCUCAAGACGCUUUCUGCGCCGUCGAUCAGCUUGUGCUGGCUGUCUAAGGCCGUCGAAUUUCUCGCCGUCGCACACGCCGAGGCCAGGAGGCUAAUCUUCUCCAGUCUCGAGGUAACCGUUUUGGAUGACGCUCUUGCAUCUUAUUUGGAUGACAGCGUGAAGCUCCUGGACAUAUGCAACUCCGUCUCCGCCGAGAUCGAGCGGCUCCGCCAGCGCCGGAUUUUUCUCGCUCUCGCGGUUCACCUCCUCGGCGACGGGAAGGUCCGGCGAGCGCGGGAGGCUUUAACGGAAGGGGAGGAGGCCCGCCGCGCUGCUUCGGGAUUUGGGAAAGCGAAUAAUGCGGAGGCGCUGGUGAAGGAUCUGGCGCUGGCGCUCCUCCGCAGCGCGCCGCCACGUGGAAAGAUCUCAAAGGUCGCGAGAGUCGUGCGUCGGACGGUGUACGCCGUCGGAUUGGUGACCGUGUUCGUCGCCGGAGCAUUAGUCUCGGCGAUGGAGGGAACGCCGGAGACGGUGACGGUCCGGGCGCCGGCGGAGUAUUCUUGGGCCGAGUCGUUGAAUGAGCUGGGAACGGAGGUCUCCGGCGAGCUGAAACGGCGAUUCGGAAAGGAGGAGAGAACGAAAGGUCUGCUGUUGGAGGAGGUGGAUGACGUGGCUACACGCGUCGGGGAAGCGUGUGAGAUGGCGGAAGAGGACACGGAGAGGAAAGAGCGGUUGAACGACGUCGUAAAAGAGGUGGAGAGGGCGAUGGGGUCGUUUUCUGAUGGGUUGGAAGGGUUGAGUAAAGGAAUGAAUGUAAUGUUUCAUGGUGUUUUGAGUAACAGGAACUUCAUGUUGAACCAUGUUAGGGUCAAAGCUUAG